CGGAGAAUCAUCUGUUUCUUCCUGCUUAGACCCUUUGUAGCUGAAAAAAAAAAUGAACUGAUUCUUUGGCAAAGCAAAGCCCAAGGCUCCACCACCCAGCCUGACAGACUGUAUAGGCAUGGUUGAUAGCAGGGCAGAAUCAAUUGACAAGAAGAUUUCUAGACUUGAUUCUGAGCUAGUAAAAUAUAAAGAUCAGAUAAAAAAGAUGAGAGAAGGACCUGCAAAGAAUAUAGUAAAAUAGAAAGCUUUGAGAGUGUUAAAGCAGAAAAGAAUGUAUAAACAACAACGGGACAAUCUUUCACAACAGUCUUUUAAUAUGGAACAAGCAAAUUAUACUAUCCAGUCACUGAAAGACACCAAAACAAUGGUGGAUGCUAUGAAAUUAGGUGUAAAACAAAUGAAGAAAGCACACAAGCAAGUCAAGAUUGACCAAAUUGAGGAUAUACAAGACCAGUUAGAAGAUAUGAUGGAAGAUGCAAAUGAAAUCCAAGAGGCUCUGAGUCGGAGUUACGGAACUCCAGAGAUUGAUGAAGAUGACUUAAAGGCAGAAUUGGAUGCACUGGGUGAUGAACUGUUAGCUGAUGAAGACAGCUCUUACUUAGACGAGGCAGCAUCUGCACCAGCAAUUCCUGAAGGUGUUCCCAGUGAUGCAAAAAACAAGGAUGGUGUACUGGUGGAUGAAUUUGGACUGCCACAGAUUCUAGCUACAUAGAGCUAUGUCUUCAACAGUACAUUAUGUAUAAUAAACAGAAAUUGGGGAAUCUGGGAAAUAUUUUGCAUAUUUGCAUAUU